UUAAAUCUUCCAACUCUGUCUAAUUUAUUUCUUAGUGUUUUAGAUGAUUUUAUCCAGAAACUUUAGGGCACAGUUUUCAUCUGCAAGCCAUAUAAUCAAGGCACAGUGCGCCACAGUGAUCUCCCUAACUUCAUUUGCGCUCGCAAUGUGACAGAGUGUCAUGCUGUAGCUGUGUUUUUGUUUGCAAGUGAGCGUGCUGGCGUUUCACGUGGGGAGCCCACAUAGACUUUUCUUUGUUGGACUAUUAGUUGCUUAGCAUGCGUAUGUAAAAGCACUGGGACAUUUUCCAUGCUCCUGUCAUAAAGAUUUGUUUGUGGUUUGUUGGGUGUUGAAUAUAUUUUUUACACUCCUCAGCUGAAGUAUUCAGUAAAGCCGACAAACAGUUUUUGGUCGAAACACACAGGUUUGUGCGCCAGAGUUGUUACAACAGAGCUGAGACUCUGAGCCAAAAACAACAGUUUACCUACACUCGGCUGGUGACUGGUCGAAAGUUUUGCAUAAAAUGCGCUGCUUCUGAUUGUCUGGGCAUGCUCCGACAUACAGCACAAACUGCCCACAGGCUGUGAACAGAGGAGGAGGGAGGCAGCAGGGGGUGGCCACAGGCCCUGAGCCCUGCAUGUUGUGUUUCCGAUCGGCUCAAUCCCGGAUUAGUUCACUGACGGAGAUGCUGCUGAGCCUUUUGCCAAAUCAGGUCUCAUUGCUGCACCCACAGAGCAGCACAGCACGCAGCGAGCUGGACUGGCAGCUGAGAGAGAUGGAGGCCGCCGCUGAAAGUUUUCCCUCGUUGGACGGUGAGCAGGACUUGAACUUGUCUGAGAGCAGGAACGGACAGCAGAGAGGCUCCACUUCAAAGCUCCCUUUGACCUUUUUAGAAGCCAUUGUGCUGUGCCAGGAGCUUGCUGUUUUUACUGUAUAGGGUAUUUAUAACAGCAGAUCAAGAGACUCCUGAGGUGGAUUCCUCCCAGGGAAUGUUUCAGUCGCUCCCGGGGGGACGAGCCGAGCAGACGCACACUCUGCCCGAGUCGAGAGGGGAGCUAAAUGUUAACCACAAGGCAACGCUUCAGCUAAAAAAAAACACUGCUGCUUUCAAGGGACACAAACGACCCCGAGGCAGAGAGAUAACCUGGACUCUCAAUAACAGGUCCUUGGAUGCUCCACGGCGCCCCGUACUCGGCCGGGCAGUGCUUCCAAAUGGCCGGGAGUUGACCCCGCCCGCCAGGAUGACGCUGCGCAAGCAGCUGAGAGAGAAGAUCUCUGCGGCCUUCUACCGCCACGGGCUGCUGUGUGCCUCCUACCCAGUACCCAUCAUCCUCUUCACCUCUGCCAGCAUCCUCACCUGCUGCUAUCCGUUAUUGAGGCUUCCCCUGCCUGGGACGGGUCCUGUGGAGUUCACCACAGGGGUGCGAGACUACAGCGUCCCUUCCCAUGAGCCCCAGGGAGACCUCGGAGAACGGCCCGACUGGUACCGGGGUCCUCCAGUCGCCUACAUCCAGCAGGUGUUGGUGAAGGCGGCGGUGUCUCCGUGGGACAGCAGCCUGGUGCCGGUGGACGUGUUUCGGUCGCCACUUGGUCGAGUCUUUAGCUUGCUGGAGGAGAUCCGCAACCAUGUCCACUCCGACAGCUCUGGAAUCCGCAGUCUGGAGUCUCUGUGUCUCCAGGUGACGGACCUGUUCCCGGGGUUAAGGCGGAUGCAGUCUGUGCUGCCGGAGCACGGCUGCCUGCUCGUUUCCCCCGGCAACUACUGGCAGAACCAGCGGGAGCUGUUCGACUCGGACGCCGACCUCCUCAAGACCAUCCAGAAACAUGAACCGAAAGGCCUGCACACCUCGGCCACGCUAAGAGACCUGCUGUUUGGCGUCCCGGGGAAGUACACCGGGGUCAGUCACUACAACAGGAAGAGAGUGGUGACAUACACAAUCACCGUGGUGCUGUCCAGCUACGACGCAAGGUUUCUGGGCAGCCUGCGGGCCCGCCUGAAGCAGCUCCACCCGUCAGCCAACUGCAGCCUGAGAGAAGACCACAUGGUCCACGUCCACUUCAAAGAGGAGAUCGGCAUCGCUGAGCUCAUCCCCCUCGUCACCACAUACAUCAUCCUCUUUGCCUACAUCUACUUCUCCACCCGUAAGAUCGACAUGGUGAAGUCAAAGUGGGGUCUGGCUCUGGCUGCCGUGGUCACAGUCCUCAGCUCUCUGCUCAUGUCUGUGGGACUGUGUACUCUGUUUGGACUGACGCCCACGCUCAAUGGAGGGGAGAUUUUUCCUUACCUGGUGGUGGUGAUCGGUCUGGAGAACGUCCUGGUCCUCACCAAGUCCGUGGUGUCCACCCCUGUUGACCUUGAGGUCAAACUGCGCAUCGCUCAAGGCCUGAGUAAUGAGAGCUGGUCUAUCAUGAAGAACAUGGCCACUGAGCUGUGCAUCAUCCUCAUCGGAUAUUUCACGCUGGUGCCGGCUAUCCAGGAGUUCUGUCUGUUUGCUGUGGUGGGGUUGGUCUCUGACUUCUUCCUGCAGAUGUUCUUCUUCACCACAGUGCUAUCUAUAGACAUCAGACGCAUGGAGCUGGCUGACUUGAACCGCCGCCUGCCGGCAGAGGCAGGACUGCCGCCGCCCAAGCCCGGCCCGCUGCGUCCACGUGAGGUGCCCCCUCCACCUCGACCCUCCCCCCACACCAUCACCCUGCAGACCCCGGCUUUCAGGAACCUGCGGCUCCCCAAGAGGCUGCGUGUGGUGUACUUCCUGGCACGCACACGCCUGGCUCAGCGCAUCAUCAUGGUUGGCACGGUGAUCUGGAUCGGCAUCCUCGUCUACACCGACCCCGCUGGAAUACGCACCUACCUGGCUGCUCAGGUGUCCGAGCAAAGCCCUCUGGGAGAUCCCGGGGGAGCCGGUCUGCCCCCUCACCUGGGUGUGGCCCCCGUCUUUCGUGGAGGAGACCCUACCAGCACCCUCAGCAUCCACCCCGCACCCGAUCCAACUCCCUUACCUGAGAACCAAUCACAGGGCCACCAUGGCCCAGCCAGGGCAGGGCUCCUCCCCCAGGCCCCGCCUGCCGUGCCCCAGAUCACCUGGGGAGCAGAGGACGAGGAGGGCUGGAGGAGGCUCUCCUUCAGGCAUUGGCCGUCUCUCUUCAGCUACUACAACAUCACUUUAGCAAAGAGGUACAUCAGCAUCCUGCCUGUCAUUCCCGUCACCGUACACCUGAGCCCCCAGGAGGCCAUCGAGACACGACACCCUCAGGACACGCGACACCCUCCUCCACCUAUUCCCAAAGUGUCUGCAGAUCUACAGACGGACCUCACCCUCUACAAGGUGGCGGCUCUGGGUCUGGCGGCGGGCGUCCUGCUGGUUCUGCUGCUCUUCUGUCUCUAUCGGGUUCUGUGCCCACGAAACUACGGCCAGAACGGCGUUUCUCAUGGUCGCCGACGCCGAGGCGACCUGCCCUGCGACGAUUACGGCUACUCCCCACCCGUCAGCGAGAUCUCCCCUCUGCUGCUGAGGGGCCACAGCAUGGAUAUCGAGUGUUUGGCCAGUGACAGGAUGCUGCUGGCCAGCUGUUGUCUGGCCGGACAGAUUCGGGUUUGGGAUGCUCAGACCGGAGACUGUUUGACCGUCAUCCCGAAGCCGGGGCUGAGGCGGAGCAGCAGCAGCAGUGGCUGCUGGGAGCAGCGUGACGGCUGGGACGGUGUGGGCGGAGCCACAGAGCCGGAGUGUUUGUGCUCUGAAGCUCACGGCUCCUACGUCGGCAUUGACGGCCUGUCGGAGGAGGAGGAGGGCUACCCACUGAGACGCCGAACUGCGCCCAUCAGACCCACUCUGUUCAACGACCAGCCCGACCUCACCCCGCUCAUCGACACCAACUUCACCUCCCAGCCCCCCUCCCACCUCCUCUCCACCCCACCCAGGGCGGGCUUCGACUUUGGCGGUCUGGUGGAGCGGGCCUACAUGGAGCACGAGCCCCCCUCGCCCUCAGCCUACCCGUCUCCUUCCUCCGCCUCCUCCUCCCCGCCCACAGGGGCUCAGCUGCAGAGGAGGCCCAGCUUAGGGGACAUCGCGGUGGCCUUACCCCCAGAGAGAGCCCCCUCCUCAGGACCGCAGGCAGACUGGGAGAGCUCCGUGUGGGCCAUGGAGCUGAGAGGAAACCUGAUCGCUGCUGGGAGGAGCAGCGGGAAACUCGAGUUGUGGGACGCCGUCGAAGGAUCGUUACGCUGCAGUAAUGAAGACGGAGUGUCUGGGAUCACGGCCCUGGCCUUCCUCAACAACAGAAUCGUAGCGGCCCGCUUGAACGGCACUCUGGAUUUCUUCACCGUGGAGAUAAACAAACCUCUGUGUCUGCUGCAGUACAGAGGUGCUCCUCUGCGAGGCAGCGUGCCUCCCUCUCCCUGUUACAGCAGCGAGGACGUGAUCAGCUGCCAGCUCACGCGCUCCGUUCAGUGCGCCCACCACAAGCCGAUCACGGUGCUGCGAGCGGCCGCCGGGAGGGUCGUCACCGGCAGCCAGGACCACACCGUCCGGAUUUAUCGUCUGGAGGACUCGUGUUGUCUCUUCACCCUGCAGGGUCACUCUGGAGGGAUCACAGCCAUAUACAUCGACCAGACAAUGGUUCUGGCGAGUGGAGGGCAGGACGGCGCCAUCUGCCUGUGGGAUGUCCUCACAGGGAGCCGUGUCAGCCAUGUUUACGGUCACCGCGGCGACGUCACCUCACUGGUCUGCACCACCUCCUGCGUCAUCAGCUCAGGACUGGACGACCUCAUCUGUAUCUGGGACCGCAGCACGGGGAUCAAACUCUACUCCAUACAGCAGGAAGCGGGCUGCGGCGCCAGUCUGGGCGUGAUCUCCGAGUCUCUCCUGGUGACGGGGGGUCAGGGCUGCGUCUCCUUCUGGGACCUGAACUUCGGCGAUCUGCUGCAGACGGUCUACCUGGGUCAGAGCAGCGACGGGCAGGGCGUCCGGCAGCUCCUCGUGCUCGACAACGCCGCCAUCGUCUGCGACUUCGGCAGCGAGCUCAGCCUGGUGUACGUGCCGUCAGUGCUGGAGAAACUAGACUGAGGCGGGCGCCGCUGGAGCGCUCUGAACAUCCUCUUUCCUCUUUGGACUUGAUUUUGUUUUCUGGCAUUCAACGGAAACACAAGCGUCUUUCAAGGUGUUUGGAGUACGAGCGUGGACGCACGUCGCAGAAGACGAGCCGAGGACUACCUGCUACAUUUAUCGGAUGAAGAUGGCCGCCGCAAAUGACAAUUAAGAGGGUCAUUUAUUCCAAGAUAAUCUGGAUGUUUCUCGCUGACAGAGGAUCCAGCAGUCACCAGUUUGUGCUUUUUGCUUGUGUGUGUGCGUUCUGUCUCGUGGCGCUGCCCUCUAUGCUGCUGACACGGGCGGGGCAUCACUGUGACCCCCGCCCGCCCCUGAGAGGAAGAUAAAAAUGUCUCUUUUUAAAAAAAAAAAAUUUAUAUUCCUGCUGCCUCUUACGCUCGAUGGUGUGUCGGGACUAGCUGCGCAGUUUUGUGUGUGAAUGAAUCGAGGCGCUCUUUUUUUUUUUAAAUGGCGAAACCCUGCUGAGAACAAAACAACCUGCGUGGUUACAUGUGAAGCGUGUGAGUGUGAGACCAGAUGAUUACUGUACGAUGUAAACCUCCGGAGGGGGCUGUGUUUUUUUUUAUAUGUAUAAAUCUAUUAUUUAUUAGCGAUACAUUUUUUGGAAUAACGGUUUGUUUAUGAAUUUCUAAUCCCGCCUCUUACAUACGGCAUGAUGAGUUCAUUGGACGGUGGUGAUGACAGGUCGGGGUUAUAAAACGACCUUUUUUGUUUUACUGAACUGGAAACGUUGAAGUGUUUGUUGUUGUGGAGUCGGGGGCCCUCAGGCCUCUGGUUCUGGGGUUACUGAUGCUGUACGAGGGGCCCCUGCAGCCCCCCCCCCCUUAUGAUCCACCAUCAUCCUGAUGUCAUGUUUACAAUGACUGCUUUUUGUUUUCACAUAUCGUGCCCUUUAGAGAUUCUUUUGUUGAAAUCACUGUUUACUGAAGAUGUCUCGGCUUCACACUGUUUUCAUCGUUUAGGCCACAAAGAAAACCCGCUACGAUCACGCAGUGGCGCUCGCAGUUCACCUCUGCUCAGCGGCGUGCUGUCGGUGUACACUUCAGGGAAGUUGGUCUGAAAACCUGCAGAACUUUUCCUGCAGCCAGUCGUUUAAAAAAAAAAAAAAAAAAAAGAGAGACAGGGAACGCAAGAAAAGCAUCACCUACGUUUAGAUCUCUGCUCGUACACGCUAAGAACACGCACAUGGAUCACGCUCAUGCACUGUGUCACAUGCACUGAGAGACGUUGACGUGCUUUUUCACUCGAGUCCAACACAAACUGCUGUAAGACAUUCAAUCUACAAUCAAUUCCAGAUAAAUAGGACUUACUCAGUCGAUGCAGUCGCCGUGGCAACGGUCCAGGAAUGCCCAGAGGUUCAUGAUCUGUGCUCGCUGAUUUGUGGUUUGUGGGGACGGUUUCAUAAACUGUGGGAACAGAUCUGUAAAAAAACACAAUGUCUGUAGAAUGGAUCGUUUCUACGUCUACAGCAUCCUCAACGCAAGUCCAAUCGAUCCGACACUAAGGUUAGAUUUAAUGCGAUCCAAGUCCAAAGCAAUCAUGCAAUAGAGCAUUAAGUCCAGCCUUUAAAUCCAGAUCAUGUUGUCUUAUUGGGCGGAUACGGAUUGCCGUGGAAAUGGACCAUCCUUUUUUUUUAUCUCAGAAGAAGUGAAGAACUUACAUAUCAGCGGGCACAGAUGAUGAACUCAGGGCGACGGUUUUUAAACUGAGGGUUCAGAUUAAAGAUACAGAAGGCUCCGUUUUGUUUUCUCAGACACGUUUAGCAGAAUCCUCGCUGACUGACGGGUUCUUCACAGCUGGUUAAAUUACCGUAAAACUUCAAAUAGAAGCCCAUCUUAAUUUAAGGCCCAGCCAUUUUAACUAGCCUGGUGCUGCUGCACGUUUUGACAAAUAAAGGCAGCGCUCUAUUCAAGGCUCCUGUUUAUGCAUUCAGUGUUGAUUAGAUUUUGCAUCUUAAAUAUAUAAACAAGACGUCUCGCUCUCCCUCACAGAGCAGCCGGUUGGUAUGGAUGAGCUGUCUUAGGCUUCGUGUCCACCUGCCGUUUUUUCCAGGCAGAAAAGCGAAAGCGCUAGCACAAAGCAUUUGUGCACUGAGAAAAAAGUGCUGCACAUAUGUCCUCCAUAGAGACUGGACAGACGUGCAGCACUUUAUUUCUCAGCACACAAACACUUCCUGUAAGUGCUCUGCCAGCGCUUUUCUGCCCAGAAAAACGCCAGCUAGACUCGGGGCCUUAAAUCCAAAUAAAGCAAGGGUAAAUAAUUUUAUGCACUGAAGUCAAAGCUCGGGCUACUAAUAGAAGUUUUACGGUAAUCAGAAAGUGUAGCUAAUCUCACCCACUCAGUCAGUUUAUUAACCAGUUAGAGAUAAAGUAAAAAUGAUUAAUUACAGUAAAUUAACGUAAAAAAUAGAAGAAAUGCCUGAACGUCGGCCCUUCACUUCAUACACCAGCUGGAAGAAUGAAGUCCUGCAGGUUUAAGACUCACACCAACAUCAUGCAGAAUGUAUUUCCUCCAGCGUCUACUGAAGCUUUCACCUGAAUGUAGUCCCCAAAGGUGUGACCAACAAAUCUGUAAAAAAAAAAAAAAAAAUACAACAACAGUAUCGCAUGGCAACACUAAUUCAAUGCACUACUAACCCUCUCUGACGCACAGCUCGUGCACGUGAGGCACUUUUUUUUUUCUUUUUUUUUUUUACAAACAUCUGCUCGCUCACAGGACAUUAUGGACGUGAUGUCUGCAGACUUGCAAACUAAUUUCACCCCUGCAGGCGGCGCUAGUAAACAUGCACACUGCAGACUUGUCGAGGUCGAAGGUCACCCAGUCUGGUUCAACGGGAGGCAGAGACAAACAAGUUCCUGAUGUGCACAAAACAAGCAGCUGAAGAUAAGAUGUAACCUGAAGAGACGCGUAAAGAAACACUGUCGAUGCAUCCCAUAGGAACCAGACUGGUGGUCGCCUUGGCAACGUAACCUGUUAAUUUAUUAGCUUUGUGUUUUUUUGUUGUUAACGGUAGUUUAACGUUUUAGAAAUGGGGAAAUGUGUAGUUUUUAGAUUGUUUUUUUUACUUCUGUUUUCUAGAAAAGGUGGACAUUUUGGGAAAUAUGGUUAAAGCGUUUUAAACUUAAUGGUGGAGAGUUCUAAUGAGAGGAUUGAUGUCACUCUGUUUGGUUUGAGACAAGCUAACGGGGGUGACGAGCUAACGAGAGAGAGUAGCUACCCUGGCUUUGUACAACGGUGGCAAAAAAACGACCACCAGCAGCUGUUAAGGUCAUGAGUGAUGACGACAAUCUGCUCAAAUGUAACAAACAAGACGAUCCAGAAAGGUUGUUGAAAUGUUUGAGUUUUCCACCUCGUGUUUUAAAUCGAUCGAUCAACCUCAGGUUACUUCAGCAUCAACAGACUCGUAAAGUAGACGACCGAAGCUUUAGAGAAAAUGCCGGCCUUCAGUCAUAUUUUUAUCCCAAGCUGCUGCAGAAGAAAGAGAGAUUGCUUUAUCUAAAAUUGUAGAAAUAAGUCUGCAACUGAUUUGUGUAACUUGGACAGUGCGCAGGAGUUUGUCUAAAACCAAUACAAACUAAUGAAAAAUCAAAAACGAACCUUAUAAUCUUGGUCGGUGGCGACAGCCCCAUCUAGUGGCGACUGGCUGCGUUGCAGUGUGAGGGCAACAUUUGAGCGGCAUCGAGGGGCCAAAGUCGUUUAAACAGAGCAGUAAUUCUGGUGCCGAUUAGCGAGGGUGAUGACCUUUAACCAUUUACUCGACUUUAACGCGCACAUCUCCAGAGACAACCCGACAAUACAGAACAUUUAAUUGAAUCAAAUUUGAGAAAAACUGGAACAUCUCAGUAGAAUCCAAAGAAAGUCCUGAAGCAAAUGGUUCACGUAAGGGGUCGACACACUUUCAUUUGCUCCAGAACUUUCUUUGGACUGUGAAUUAAAGUUUGAACGUGUAAGGUCCUUCUCUCAUGGCGGAGCAGCUGACGCACAAGAGGAGUUCUGGGUUAUUAUGUGCUGGUUUUACAAAGACAGGUUAGCUCCACUUCCUUGCGUUCCGUGUUUGUGCUAAGCUAAGCUAACCACAUGCUAACUUAUAUUUAACAGACAGGAGAGUGAUGUCGAUAUCAUGAGGGGUCGCCGUCAUGAAGAGGGAAAAACGUCUAACUGUUCGUCUUAGGAGAGAAACAUUUCAAAAUGGAGUCUUAGCGUGUUUGAAUGUUUUGGUUCAUUUCUUGGCCUUGUACAAAAUCUCAUAUCACAUCGUUCUGUCACUCUAUGAAUCCUCUCUGAAGCUUUAAACACACCGUCAGGAUCCUGCUCCUUCCACUCACACAGCCAUCAGCGCAUCGUCUCGGCAGUUUGUGGAUGCAGCUACGGAUACUUUUAUCCUUCUUAGUCGUUAAAGACGCUAACAUUUCAACAACAAAGGCCGGACUCUUGACAUGAAACUCCAAGCGGUCCAGUACUGAUUGUCUCGCAAGCUGCCUGAAGAUUUCUCCCACUUUAAAUCAGCCAUCAAGAUAAUGAGCUGUAAUAGUCAAUCCCAGAGUUAGCUCCUCCCCCCUCUCUCUUUCCUCCUCUCAUUGGCUGCCUACAAUCUACGCAGGCUGUAGUAACGGAGGUAACUUAUUCACUGUUUUGUAACACAGACUUUUUACUAAUUUUCAAAUAAAGAGGCUUUGAUACCACA